AUGGCGGUGCGGCUGGCGAUGGGCGCGUGGCUGCUGCUGCUGCUGGCGGCAGCCCCAGCACGCUCAGCUGCGCCCCGGCACACCGCGGUGCUGCCCGAUGGCGGGGGUAGCGGGGACGGUGAGGAGGUCUCGGCCACACCACCCGUCCGCCGUGUGACUCCGGGGACCGGCCCGACAGUGGGGGACGUGGCGGGGACCACAGUCACCAACAGCUCGGCGCCGGGCAGCGUGCUGGACGGGCUGGUGGACUUCUUCAAGGAGUACAUGCUGCUGGCGGUGGUGGUGGGCUCGCUGGCCUUCGUCCUCCUCUUCAUCAUCUGCGCUGCCGUCAUCGUCCGGCAGAAGCACAAGGCGUCCGCCUACUACCCCUCCUCCUUCCCCAAGAAGAAGUAUGUGGACCAGCGGGACAAGGCAGGGGGAGCCCGGGCUUUCAGUGAGGUGCCUGAGAAAGCCCCCGACCCCGGCGCCAAGGAGCCCCUCGACAGCAACCAGCAGCUGCAGGCAGACAUCCUCACCGCUGCCCAGAACCUCAAAUCCCCCCACAAGGCACCACUGGCCAACGGGGCCCGGGCAGAGCAGAAACCUCCCCCCGAGGAGGAGGAGGAAGGAAGCAAAAAGUUAGGUGACGAGCAACCCGCCGAGCCCCCUCCCCAAAAUCCAGGCACCGAGGAAGCGGCGGGUGUAACAGGAGCAGGGGGCGAAGGGGCCCCCAGCGCAGCCCAGGACGGCUCCCCGGCCCCCCCCAGCAUCUAG